ACUUUAUAACCGAAACUGAAAAAUUUCUAGGGUUUCCUCUUCCGCGUCGUCGUCGUCUCCAGCUCCUCCUGUGGUUAUCUUCUCUGAAUCGAAGCUAAAAUGGGUAGAUGUCCAACUAGAAAAGUGAAGAAGAGGAGAUUAUCUCACAAAACAGCUCGGCGUGACAAAUUCGAAGUCAAAGGAGACGAUUUGGUUUACACUGAGCUGCGUAAACCAGAGACGGAGAUUAAGCCUCUUCAGCUUGAUGAGGAUUUGCCUGGAAUGGGUCAAUUCUAUUGCUUACACUGCGAUCGGUACUUCUCCAAGUCUUCAGUGCGGGAUGAUCAUUUCAAGACUAAGAAACACAAGAAGCGUGUGAAGAUAAUGAAGGGACAAGCGCCACACUCGCAACUCGAUGCAGAUUUAGCUGGUGGAAUGGGAAUGCCGGACAAUGGCCCAAAGCUGAUGUCUGCCUGAGUUUUACAGUUUUUUUCUUAUUAGUUCACAGUUAAUGGAACUUGGAUUUUUGUUGUAAGAUUGUCCUUAGUAGUCAAAACUAUAUUUUCCUAAAUUAAUGAUAUAAGGUUUUGUCUGAUCUUUUUGAUCGAA